CUUCGACACCAGACACUUUUCAAUGAAUGUUCGCAUUCUCAUCUUGUCGGGCGAUAUAUAUCUACAGUCUGCGGAUUCUAGGUUAAAUGUGAAUUUAGCCUUGCCCCGCUCAAUGCCCCGCCCUGGAUGACAUACAUAUACCGUGCCGUACCGUACACCAAUGCUGGCAAUGCAGAUUUAGAACUUUGUUCCUUGACUGCCCCUCAACUUCGAAAUACGCAUUUAUACACAUAUAUUUCGAUCCUUAUAGUUCCUUCUAUCAAAUUUCACCAGAACUAUUCUAUCCGGCCUGGGGAAGCGAAUUUUCACUAGAGAUGGGAACGUUCAUUUGGCAUUGUUGCUGUUGCGGUCAAGGCCCUGUAUCACUAUGGACUCCAGACUGCUCCAGCUGUAGUCACGCAAGAUGUUACAGCUGCAUUAUAGAAGAAGACCCCUCAAAU